AUGCCGGUGCCGGCGGCGGCUUCGGCGGCCGACCCCCGCCUCGUGCGCAACACUUGCAUCCUAGCGCACGUGGACCACGGCAAGACCUCCCUCGCGGACCACCUGGUGGCCUCCGGCGGCAGCGGGCUCCUCCACCCGAGGCUGGCCGGCAGCGCCCGGUUCAUGGACCACCUGCCGGACGAGCAGCGGCGCGCCAUCACCAUGAAGUCCUCCUCCGUGGCGCUGCGGCACGCGCACCCCGCGGGCGUCCACUGCGUGCACCUGAUCGACUCCCCGGGCCACGCCGACUUCUGCUCCGAGGUCUCCGCCGCCGCGCGGCUCUCGGACUCGGCGCUCAUCGUCGUCGACGCCGCCAAGGGCGUCCGCGUCCAGACCCACGCCGCGCUGCGCCAGGCGUUCGUCGAGCGCCUGCGCCCCUGCCUCGUCCUCAACAAGCUCGACCGCCUCAUCACCGACCUGCUCCUCUCGCCCGAGGACGCCUACGCGCGCCUCCGCCGCAUCCUCGUCCUCGCCGAGGUCAACUCCAUCUACUCCGCGGCGCUCCGCUCCGGAUCCUACUUCUCCUCCCUCCUCCAGGGCGACAACGGCCGCCGCGCAGGCGGCGGUGUGGACGAAGACGAGGACGAGGGCGACGCCUUCCAUCCCCACAAGGGCAACGUCGUCUUCGCCUGCGCCCGCGACGGCUGGGGCUUCCGCAUCCACCGCUUCGCCGACCUGUACGCCCAGAAAACCGGCGCUAGCAAGGCCACGCUGCUCAGGGGUUUCUGGGGCCCGUACUACGUCGACAAGGAGAAGAAGGCGAUUCUGCCUCUGAGGAAGGAGUCCACGGGCAGCGGCGCGGACCAGCAGCCCGCGUUCGCGCAGAACGUGCUCAAGCCGUUGUGGAAGGUGUACCAGAGGGGCCUGAUGCCGAAUGGCGCAGAGUGGAUGCACAACAACGUCGUCUCCGUCUUCAAUCUGAAGGUGUCGCCACGGGAGCUGCGCAGUAAUGACCCCAAGGUCUCGCUGCACGCCGUGCUGAGGGCGUGGCUGCCGCUCGCGGAGUCGGUCAUGGAGAUGCUCGUCGAGUGCACGCCCGACCCCGUCGCCGCCCAGGCGUUCAGAGUGCCAAGGCUUAUGCCGGAGAGGAGGGUUGCUGCCGGCGGUCGCGCCAGCAUCGUCGCCGAGACGGCGCUUGUGAGGAGCUGUGUGGCGACCUGCAGCACGAGCGCAAGCGCGCCAGUGGUGGCAUUCGUGUCCAAGAUGUUUGCAGUGCCAUACUUGAUGCUGCCGUCCAAGAGGCUGAACGGGGAGCUGAUGAACCGCAACCAUGGGCACAGUGAGCCGGAGUCGGAGGAGGAGUGCUUCCUGGCGUUCGCGAGGGUCUUCAGUGGGGUGCUUCGUGCAGGGCAGAAGGUGUUCGUCCUGUCGCCGUUGUAUGAUCCGGUAAAAGGGGAUGAGGCGUCGGGCCAGCAUGUGCAGGAGGUGGAGUUGCAGUGCCUGUACGAGAUGCUUGGGCAGGACCUGGUACCGGUUGACAGUGCGGCUGCCGGCAAUGUUCUCGCAAUCCAGGGGCUUGGACAGCACGUGCUGAAGAGUGCAACACUGUCGUCGACCAGGAAUUGUUGGCCAUUCUCGAGCAUGACGUUUCAGGUGUCGCCGACGCUCAAGGUCGCCGUUGAGCCCUCAAACCCUGCUGAUCUGGGAGCCCUUCUGAAAGGACUGAAGCUUCUUAACCAGGCAGAUCCAUUGCUUGUGUACACGGUCCCUCGGAGGGGCGAGCAUGUCCUUGCUGCAGCUGGCGAGGUGCAUUUGGAGCGCUGCAUCAAAGAUUUGGAGGAGAGGUUCGCGAAGGUCCAGCUGGAGGUCUCAAAGCCAUUAGUUUCAUUCAAGGAGAGCAUCCAAGGAGAAAGUGUUAGUUCAAGGGGAAGCAUGAAGGCUCAACAGGGGUUUGCUGAGAGGACCACUCUGAAUGGGAGAUUCACCGUGAGAGUUCAAGUCAUCAGGCUACCCGAUGCACUGACUAAGGUCCUUGCAGAAAGUGAAGAAUUACUUGGUAAGAUAAUUGAUGGGGAAAGUUCACAGUUUACUCAGGAUGGUGGUAAUUCAACAGCAAUGCUUAGGCACCGCUUGAUCAGUGCCAUUGACUGUGAAUUGGAAGCGAUCUCUGAGCAAGUGGAAAAGGAGAAGCUUGAGAGAUAUAGAAAAACAUUGGUUGGGUACCUUCACAGAAUCAGAGCCUUAGGUCCUUCACAUGUUGGGCCAAACUUGCUUCUCUUGCCUGACUUGAAAUCAAGUAGUGCUGUUACCGCAAGCCAAAAUGGAAGAGGAGGUAUUCUUGUGAGUAGUAGAUGCCAUGUCUCAGAGAGGUUGGGGUUUGUGGGGGCAUCUGGCGCAGAGACUAAAAAUGUCACUGAAAACAAUAAAAUACAGGCAUCAAUAUAUUCUCUUGAUUCUGAGGAACAAACCCAUAUAGAUAGAACCGCACUAAGGAAUAGCAUUGUCUCAGGUUUCCAGUUUGCUACAAAUGCAGGUCCCAUAUGCGAUGAACCUAUGAUGGGUGUGGCGUUUGUUGUUGAGCCCUACAUUUUUGUCAAUGAUGAUGAUGUUCCAACUCAUUCUGAUGAUAACAUCUUCACUGGGCAAGUAAUUACAGCAGUGAAGGAAGCAUGCCGAGAAGCUGUUCUUCAGAACAAGCCAAGGCUCGUGGAACCAAUGUACUUUUGUGAAUUGACCACUCCGACGGAGCAGUUAGGUGCAGCGUUUGCGGUUCUGGGUGAUUGUCGAGCCAAGGUGCUGAAAGAAGAGAUGCAAGAAGGUACUUCUUUGUUCACAGUGCAUGCUCACUUGCCAAUUACCGAGAGCUCUGAGUUCGCUGAGAAACUUCGGAAACGAACAUCAGGUGCAGCUAGUGCGCAUCUAGCUUUUAGCCACUGGGAAUGUAUCUCUCAGGACCCCUUCUUUACCCCGAAAACACAGGAAGAGAUUGAAGAAUUCGGUGAUGGCUCAAGCAUUGGCCCAAGUGGCCUACAUGUUAAAGAGAAAGUUGUGGAGUAUGGAACGAAGCAGCGAACUCUUGCGAGGAAAGUGUAA